UCUUUACUUUUAUCUUUUUCUUUUUCUAUUCUUGUCUGUUUGCAUGCAUGCACAUAUGUGCAGCUCACUUUCCUCUGUGUGGAGGUCAGAGGUUCUAAAAUUCACCAAUUCAGCUAGCGUGACUAGCUCUGAGUCCUAGGGACUUGUCUCCACUCCAGGCAUGGUUUGUAGGUAAGUGCCUGAGGUCGGACCUGCAGAUCCUCAUGCUUGAGCAGGGAGCCCUUCUACCCACUGAGUCAUAUCCUAAGUUCCUAAUUGUUAAAUAUACUAGAAAGUGUUUAAACCUUUAAUCAUCAGAAGUCAUUUCAUUGAGCAAUGGAAGAAACUAGGAAGAACUGGCAUGAAAACGUUGACUGGAUUGGUGAGUAGUCUGGAUGGGGUUGAGAAAAAAGAGAAAAGAGGCAGUAAAAACAGAUAACUAGUUUGUAAGAAACUGAACAACACUAAGGUUUGAAAGCAACCCAUAAGUUAGAAAGACAAAGUUAGAUAUUAUUAAGGGUAACAUUUGCUAUCUCUCCCCUAGAAUGUAUUGUUUUUCCUAAAUAUAUAACUUUGAUUCACUAAUAUUAAUAUUUUUGACAAACUAACCUUAAGCAAUAAUAAAAGCCACCCAAGUAAUAUAAAAUUCUGGCUUUUUUUCCCCCCACAAGGUCAUUUCCUUCACACUUUUUAUUUUUAUCUAAAGAGCAGGUUGAAAACAAAACAAAAACUUGAGCAUGACAAGCCUGUAGGCACAGUCAGAUUCUUUGGUUACUAAUCUCGUUCAACAUGUACAGAUUGAUUGGAUUACUAAAUCUGGUGAAUUACAUAUCCUGCUAACUUUGGUGAAUCUAUGCAUUUAAGCCUAUCUGUUUCAGGAAAUGGUUUAAAAAGCGGUUUUAGUCCUGAGUGGUAUAUGUGUGCAGACUCAGGAAACAUAUGAUGCACACACAUCUAAAAGGAUACAUGGAUGAGGUGAUGCUGUGCUGAAACAGUUUUGAGACAUGGUAUUCAGAUGCUUCUAUUUUAAAAUGGCUUUUAAAAUAGAAAAAGGAUCUGCAGUAUUUUGCUUUCAAGUCAACUGGUACUAAUGAAAUAAUCGCCGUUCAAAAGAUUUGGAGAAAUCUUGUAGAAGAUAGAAGAGAUCCACCCUUACUCUGGCUUUUUCUCUAUUCUUCGUUGUUCCUACGCUCAAACGUUCUAAAUGUCUUAAGUUGCAUAGCUGAAAGGAUUUUGCUCAUUUUUUCCAAAACAUUUCGCUUCUGGGCAGUAGCCAACCAUGGAAAGUUUUAAGCACAUUUGGGAGAGGGAUGAAGCUAGUCAGGGCGGCCUUGGCAGAACCGAUGCCUUCAGAGGGGCGGACACAUUCCCCUAACCGAGGGGGCGAGCAGUAGGUUUGGACCAGACGAUCUGCCACCGCCAGCCUCCCUCCAGCCUUGGGCGGCCUGAACAGGCGCACUCCAGCUUCCUCAAUAGCUGGAGGACGUGCUUCCCUGGAGCGCACCUGCCUGGUGAAUGGCCAGACUCCGGAGCUACGGGUCCUCGCCCAGCUUGGCCUCAGGUGGCCCGAGGCAAGGGGGAAGAGCGGUCGGCGGGGCUGACACACGUCAGUCGUCCUUCUCCCCGCCCUCCAGGACCCAGCGGGACUGCGUACGGGCGCGGAGACAAAUUUGACCGAUUCUCUAGCCAAUCAGAAGAGAGGUCGGCAGGCUGAGCCAAUGGAAGAGCUUGCAGGGGGCAGGCCGUCAGCGUCCUCCCGCCCCCGGUUGGUGAGCCUGGUAUGUCUCCAGCCCUCCCUUGAGCGUCAGUCUCAGUGCGGAGCUCGCGGCGGCCAGAGCAACUUCGGCUGGCUGCAGGCUGGGCGGCGGCGGCGGCGAGGGCGGCGGCGUUGGCGGCGGGAGCGGCGGAGCUGGGGCCACACCCCGUCCCGGACUUUUUCUCUUUCCAGUCCUCUCCCCGCCGUGCGGGACACGGUUCCGGGAGCAGAGCGGCCGCCCACGCCCCAAGCAUCCUCAUCUGACGAGCGGGCGCCGGCGGUAUGAUGCGGCUGCGAGGCUCGGCGAUGCUACGGGAGCUGCUCUUAAGGCCGCCCGCCGCCGUCGGAGCCGUCCUGCGGCGCGCGCAGCCCCUCGGCACGCUGUGCCGGCGCCCCCGGGGCGGGAGCCGGCCGACCGCUGGCCUGGUGGCCGCUGCGCGACUCCACCCGUGGUGGGGCGGGGGCGGCCGCGCGAAGGGCCCCGGCGCGGGCGGCCUGUCCAGUUCGCCCUCGGAGAUCCUACAGGAGCUGGGGAAGGGGGGUACGCCGCCACAGCAGCAGCAGCAGCAGCAGCAGCAGCCAGGGGCGUCGCCACCCGCAGCCCCGGGCCCCAAGGACAGCCCGGGGGAGACCGACGCGUUCGGCAACAGCGAGGGCAAGGAGAUGGUGGCCGCGGGCGACAAUAAAAUAAAACAGGGUCUGUUACCUAGCUUGGAAGAUUUGCUGUUCUAUACAAUUGCAGAAGGACAAGAAAAGAUACCUGUUCACAAGUUUAUUACAGCACUCAAAUCUACAGGAUUGCGAACAUCUGAUCCCAGGUUGAAAGAGUGUAUGGAUAUGUUAAGAUUAACUCUUCAGACAACGUCAGAUGGUGUCAUGCUAGACAAAGAUCUUUUUAAAAAGUGUGUUCAAAGCAACAUUGUUUUGUUGACACAAGCAUUUAGAAGAAAGUUUGUCAUUCCUGACUUUAUGUCUUUUACCUCACACAUCGAUGAGUUAUAUGAAAGUGCUAAAAAGCAGUCUGGAGGGAAGGUUGCUGAUUAUAUUCCUCAGCUGGCCAAAUUCAGUCCUGAUUUGUGGGGUGUAUCUGUCUGUACUGUAGAUGGGCAAAGGCAUUCUAUUGGAGAUACCAAAGUUCCUUUUUGUCUUCAGUCCUGUGUAAAACCCCUGAAAUAUGCAAUUGCUGUUAAUGACCUGGGAACUGAGUAUGUACAUCGCUAUGUUGGGAAGGAGCCAAGUGGAUUAAGAUUCAACAAACUCUUUUUGAAUGAAGAUGAUAAACCACAUAAUCCUAUGGUAAAUGCUGGAGCAAUUGUUGUGACUUCUCUAAUAAAGCAAGGAGUAAAUAAUGCUGAGAAGUUUGACUACGUGAUGCAAUUUUUGAAUAAGAUGGCUGGUAAUGAAUAUGUUGGAUUCAGUAAUGCAACGUUUCAGUCUGAACGAGAAAGUGGAGAUCGAAAUUUUGCAAUAGGAUAUUACUUAAAAGAAAAGAAGUGUUUUCCAGAAGGCACAGACAUGGUUGGGAUACUAGAUUUUUACUUCCAGCUGUGCUCUAUUGAAGUGACAUGUGAAUCAGCAAGUGUGAUGGCUGCCACCUUGGCUAAUGGUGGUUUCUGCCCAAUUACUGGUGAAAGAGUCCUCAGUCCUGAGGCAGUUCGGAAUACACUGAGCUUGAUGCAUUCUUGUGGCAUGUAUGACUUCUCAGGGCAGUUUGCGUUCCAUGUUGGUCUUCCUGCAAAAUCUGGAGUUGCUGGGGGUAUUCUUUUAGUUGUCCCCAACGUCAUGGGCAUGAUGUGUUGGUCUCCUCCUCUUGACAAGAUGGGCAACAGUGUUAAGGGAAUUCACUUUUGUCACGAUCUUGUUUCUCUGUGUAACUUCCAUAACUAUGAUAAUUUGAGACACUUUGCAAAAAAACUUGAUCCUCGGAGAGAAGGAGGUGAUCAAAGGCUUGGACCUUUCAUCACUCAAGUGCACUAAUAAAUUGUGUAUGUUGCUUGAACAACUAGCAUUCCUUUGGACCAUUGGACUAUGAGAGUCUCCAGCAAGAACUUGCUUUAAAAGACACAGUAUGGAAAAAAGUGUCACCUGAGUCAAGUGACGACACCUCUACAACUGUAGUAUAUAGAAUGGAGAGUCUGGGGGAGAGGAGCUAGAGAUGGGCUCUAGCUACAGAACAGAACGAUUCUCCUUUUAACAUCGGAAACAUCUUUAGGCUUUUGUUUCUUGUUUAUCUUUCCAAACUAAGUAUUUAUUCAAGUAUUCUAUUGUUAUCAGUUUUGGGUACUGGAGCCAUAAAUUUAAAAAAAGGUUCUGUUUUGGUUUGGUUUUUUUUCGCUUGUAAUCUUUGUAUAAAAAACAUUUGUUAUUUUUUAAAAGAGCAUUUACAAAUAAAGCAAAUUUGCUUUAUUUUUUAAAACUUUUUUAAAAAAUGCAAUUUCCUUAAUUACAUUAAAAAUUUAACUAUAAAAUUUGGUAACCACAUUGUUUUUCUUAGUUCUGAAGCCUGCAUAUUAAACUGAGGCGUAUUGUUGGAUUUGUCUUUUCCUUUCCAGUUUUAUAAUUGAUAGGCUAUAUUGGUAGUGACAGAAAGUACUUCCAUGCUAAAUAUAAAACUAAAAAGGCAAAGUAAUCAAAAUUAUUUAAAAGAGUACUAGAUUAUAAAAUUAGCUUUAGUUUACACAUAUGCCAGUUAUAGCGGUAGAUUGGCUUUGAAUAUUUAAAAUGCAAAUACUUUUAAAUAUGUCUUUUUUUUUGUUUGAAAAGUUCUGUCCUGUCAGAAUCACAAUGUAUUAGGAAUGUUUCACAUCACUGAAACACUCCAGCCAAAGAAUUGCAGAUGUGUGAGAAUGGCAUGCCCUGUUAUUUAAAAGCUACAAUGGUUAGUUGCUCAGAAAAAGAGUCAAUAACUAUCUUCAAAAUGGAUUGUAUUUUCAUAUUCUUCAUGUAAUUUUUUUGUUGUAUUUAAGUAUGAACGGUAAAUUUUGCUUUUUUAGCUUUUAGUAAUUUUAUUAUGUUUCAUAAGUGCUAAUGAAUAUUUUGUGAUAAUUAUAACAUCUCAUAAAUUUUGUUCUUUUUGAACUUUUAUUAGCAUACUUAUGAAAUGAAUAUAGUUUGAAGGUGUUAAGUAUACAACUAAAAUAUUUGUUGAAUUGGAAUGCUUCUGUUUAUUUUUAAAAUGCAAUAUUGAGAAUCAAAACUUUUUUCAAGAGAAUCAUAGGUUCCAUUUUAUCUCGUCAUAAACAGAUAUACAUAUUUUUAGAAUCUAUCUUGGCAAAAUGAUACUAAUGUUCUGCAGGAUUUAUUUACAUGUCUUCCUUCGUGUAUUUUGUUUUUCUCACAAUUUCAAGUUUGGUUUUUCAAAUUCACUUUUAAACUUGUAAAUUUUGGGCAAGUGGUUGAGAAUGAAAGCCUUAUUGCUUUUUAAAUUAUGGCACAUGUAUAGUAGAGCAGAUUCUGUAACUAAAGAAAGUGCGGGAAAAAUAGUUCACUGAUAGGCUAAGUAAGAUACAGGAAAGUCCUGAUGGUCUGAUUUGAAACUGGGAACUCUGAUAUUAAGAAAAGGGUUCUUCUCAGAAGUUCGACCUUAAAGCCUUUGGGCUAACUUAAGUAUUACUAUUUGUAUUUAAAUAAUUACAUGGUGGGUUUUAGAAAGGCUGGCUGUCCUGCCCCUUUGGUGUUCAUAUGCAUUCCCCAGCCUGAUGCUUUAAAAGCCUUGCCACUGCCCUGCUUGUGGACACUAAUCAUCUCUUUUUCUUGUAUCCAGAGUGACUGUGAUUCAGGUAAUUGAGCACCAUGAUUGGAAAAAAGAUUUUAGGUUUAUUUCCCCUCCAUUUUUAUGUGUACAUUUUGUUGUUUCAUUCAGAAGUUGGAUUUACUUUACAAAAUGACUUAAUUUUCAUAUUGUGGUCAUGUUUGUGUAAACUUCAAACUAUUUUGUUAAUUUUUGGCACUUCCUAUAUAUAAUUCUAGUAAUGCUUGAAUGUACACUUAAAUAUGAAGUAGGAUUAAGUCAGCUGCUGUGUUUAAAGAAUGCUGUUAAGAACAAGCAUUCAAAACUGUAUAGGAAGGUAUUAGCUUAAGAGUAGGUAAGAUACCGUGACUGUAUCUGCAGACAAGAAGAGGAAAGAAAAGCUUUGCCAGUUUGUGGAUUUAUCUUAAUUCCCUUCAGUAUAUUCAAUCUCUUUUCAAAUAAAGCUCUUUGAGAAGUACCCAGUAUUGUUGGGUUUAAUUUUUCCUACUAUUAUUGAUUCUUGAUAUUCAAGCAUUUACAUGACAGCGUAUUUUUUUCUUUUCCUUUUUUCUGUUUAUUUUUUUUUGCUAUCAUUAACAUUUCAUUUGAAAUGCAUACUCUUCUUGAAAUAUUUUGUUUUUAGCAUAAAUGUUGUGCAUUUUAUCUUAGUGUUUGGAUUAAAACAUUUGUGUUGUUGAGCUUUCUUCAUUUGCUUUGUAUAUUUAAUAAUGUAUCUUUAUUUUCCAGUAUGCCUAUUUUUUGUAUUGUACAAUAAAUUUAUUUUAAGCUGA